UCAUGGCGCGCAAACUUCACGAUCUGUGCCCGUGGCCUUGCUGUGUGAUAAACAAGUUGUAUCGAGAGGUUCAUUGCCCGAUGUGUUUUGCACAUAUUCCCGUUUUCGUGUAGCCGAGGACUGUCGCAGCUUACCCGCGAAUAUGUGGUCUUUGCGUGAUACCGAAACGAACGACGUGCGCUACCGUCUUCUGUGCGGCGGAGAAUGCACGGUGGGUCGUAAAGGCGCGGGCAUUUUGAUCGCCAACGACGCAUCGAUAAGCCGGGAGCACGCGGUGCUAUCCGUUGCUCCCUUGCCCGACGAUCGCCUUGGCGACGUUUCUUAUGUGCCCCUACUGCGAGUGAAGGACCUCGGCUCCAAGUACGGGACGAGCGUCAAUUCGAGAGAGCUCGGCAAAUCCGAGGAAACCGCUCUGAGAGAAAACGACAUUGUUACAUUCGGAAAGCUCGGCAGCAAGUACAGGGUGUGCUACGAUGCUCCGUUCGUGGUGACAACGUCGUGUCUCUCGACGCCCAACAAGGAGCGCCUCACGGAAACGUUGAAGAAAAUCGGAGCCAGGCUGAAGCCCGAGUGGUCCGAUCGCUGCACGCACGUUGUGAUGGCCUCUAUUCGCCUUACGAUGAAAACGACGGCGGCCCUGAUAGCUGCGAAGCCUGUGGUGACGCCAGGAUUCUUCACAGAGGUGCAGAACCGCGUACAGCGUCAGGACCUCGCCGAAGUUGACCCGGCGAAUUUCAUACCGGACGUUACGGAAGAGUGUCUGGCGCUAGCGAAAGAAAUCUUCGGCUGCAACGAAGCUCGCAAGAGUGUAUUCUCGGGAAAGACGUUUUAUUUCUUGACCGAGAAGCAGUUCAAGUCGCUGGGCGAAUUGGUUGUGUCGGGCGGCGGUCGAGCGAAGCUGGUGCGCAACCCCGAUCGGCCGACGCCCGAGCUGAUCGCCGAAGGCAGCUGCGUCAUUAAGCCCGGCGACGGCACCGAUACGCCGGUGUGCCGCUACCUUAUUGAAAACAAGAUUCGUGCCGUUUCCGCGUCGGACGUGGGCAUGGCGGUGAUCCACUGCUCGACGGCGAAAUUCUGUAACCCCCGGAACAGGAUCAUGAACGUGUUGUGGGGCGACGACAUGGUUGCGACGCAGCCGCAAUCUCAAGAGGAAGUGUGCGCGCCGGAUACCGAACCGUCUCAGCAGGGCGUGGUCCGCAGGCGCAAGGACUCCUUGUGCCGCACCGUCCAGUUCUAGAAUCAUCCCCGAGAGCAGGUUACAGAGCGCCUCAGCUUCUUUUGGGAGCAACCUCGACCUCUUAUUGGACGGCAGCACGGGAACGACGACCAUUAGUGAGCAGACCAAGAGUUUUCUGUCACCUGUCAAGCGAGCGCCAGUCACGGAUCGUUUGAAUGGGCAGCCUUCAUCACCUAAACGGUCGCCCCGCAAGAUCAGGAAGAAAGACAGCCAGGGAACCCUGCCCUUAGAAUGCUACUUUGGCAGGAAAGCUCAGAAGAGGAAAGACGAUGCUCCAAAAGAAACAAGUGCGGCAAAGGUACCCAGGUUGGACCCAACAUCCUACGAAGGUGACAUGGUGAUAGAAAUUAAGCAGGAAGCGCUUUUACCACCUGAGCAGCACGAGCAGUAUACAGGCUUAGCUGGUG